CGUGAAUACAUCAGGUAGCAGGAACAUCGUAUAAAUAGAGAAGGUUUCCCAGCAACCUGAAGCAAUAGCAAGCGGCAGCCAGAGCACAAGAGCCGAGGGAAACUUUCAACGCUGGUUUAGCUGAAGCAGAAAGUAGUAAUAAAGAGGAUUUUUCUUAACUUUAAACCCUCCGCUUUGACUCGCGCAUUCAGCACCAUGGACAGCGUCCGCGCGGCCGUUUACCUGGGCGUUCUCCUCGCGCUGCUGUGCGUCUGCAGGGGUCAGAUGUCACUGGACAACCGCCUGACCACACAAGAGGAGCAGUUCAUCACACGAGACCUGACCGAGGCGCUCGAUGAACUUUUGGAUGGAGAUCAGGACAAUCGGAUAUCUGUGGAGAAGAAAGCUAGCGUCAUUCCGAGGUGUGAUGUUGGCGAGCGCUGCGCAAUGAAGCACGGCCCGCGCAUCGGGAGACUCUGCGACUGUCUGCGAGGAACAGCCUGCAAUAGUUUCUUCUUGCGCUGCUACUGAUGUUCUCCAGCCUCGAGCAACUCUUCUCUCUCAGGCUCUGUGCGAGGAAGCUCGUGACAGCGACGCGUGGGAAACCUCGUCUGUUUAAGUUUAAUUGGCAUGGGUGAUGUAUUGAA